GCAGAAAACGGAGAUUGUGUGAUACUGAUCGAGAUUGGAGAAAACUUUACGAAGACCACAUUCCGAGUUGUAACGAUUGUGCCGCUACAAUCGUUACAACGCGAAUCCCGAGAACAAGGAAGGGUGUUGGACGGCGUGUCCAGCCUUCCUGAAAGAAAUAAGGACGUUAUUUCCCCGGAAUCCGGAGGGGUCUCGAGAGGAGAACUCAAACUGUAUUUUAUAAAAUUUUUGCUUCCCCGGGAUGUCCUGACUUGAAUUCAUUUAACAUCUAAUUUCAUUUUCAGAUCAUGAGAGUAGCCCUGUUUUUAGGAGUGACCUCGUGGUCUGGGGAUACUGAGACCCAGCCAUGAGCUCACUACUUCUGCAUGUAAUUAAGUUAAUUAGAGCGUUCUGAUCGAAGCCGGAAACAGUAACGUUUUUGUCGACCCGAUGUUAGAAAGACCACCAAAAGAACUGGCUUUGGCAGAGACGGUGAAAAGCAUGUAGAGCUGUGUGUAGACGCUAGCCAGACGUUUUAGAACCUAGCUUUACUUUCCGUCGAUAUGUACUUCCGAGCGAAUGUUACAGAAAUUCAGUGUUUUUUUAACGGUAGAUGACUUAUGCCCAGGCUCAGUUUAACCUUGAACGAUUCCAGAAAAGAGCGCUAAAAUGGGUAACAAACAGUUAUGAGAGUGAUUAUCUAAUCUUGUUAAAACGAACGAAUACAUUGCCCCUUACUAUGUUCAUACAGCUAUGCAAUCUAUUGAACCUAUCGAGCUUUUUUCACAGUGAAAACGAUUUACAAAUACGACUAUUAACCAACAAGUCUGCCUCAAAUACAAGACAAAAUGAUGGCCCGACAUUAAGCCUUAAAAAAGUCCGCACAGAAAAAGCUCGCGCUGAGUUUUGUUUCAGGCUGUCUCGGGUGGCCAAUCAUCUACCUGGAACAGUAGAUUUCUUCAAUCCCACGGGGCUAAAAAAUAGACUCUUGAAUUUUAUGUGGACCUAUCAAAUGGCGAAAUUCAAUGAGGCGAAUCCUUGCACAUGGAUACUGUUUUGUGAUUGUCGAAACUGCAGGGAUGUAUGGAAGACGUUUUAAGAAGAAAUGAACUGGGAGCAGUCCCAUCAGAAGUAUUUCUGAGAAUCCACAACAACAACAACAACAACAACAACCCAGGAACGACGGUGGCCGAGGAAGAAAAUAGUAAAGCCGACUAGUAUGGAGAUUAAUGUAAUGAUGACUAACAUCGUUAUUACACGGAAGAGCCACUUUUUGAAUUUAGUUAUUUUAAGAUGGGGAAUGCCGAUACUAAGCUCAAUUUUCGAAAAGCUGUCAUACAGCUGACCACUAAAACCCAGCCAAUUGAGGCAGCCGAUCAGCAAUUCUGGGAGCAAUUUUGGGCGGAAAAUGUGAGCAGUGUUCAAGACGUCUUCGCACUGAUUCCUGCGGCUGAAAUCAGAGCACUAAGAGAGGAAUCGCCGUCAAAUUUGGCAACACUAUGUUACAAGGCAGUGGAACGAUUGGUGCAGUCAGCAGAGUCAGGAUGUUGCUCAAAGAAUGAACAAGCUGCAACGCUAAACUGUGUCCGCCUGAUGACCAGAAUUCUGCCAUACAUCUUUGAAGAUCCGGAUUGGCGAGGUUUUUUCUGGUCAAGUUUGCCAUCGUCAUCUGACACCAGAUCUCGAAAAUCAAAUGAUGAGCAAGUCGAAGAUGAAACACCUCCACUUGCGCAAUCUUUGUUGAAUGCUCUGUCUGAUUUGCUUUUCUGCCCGGAGUUUACUGUGCAUACAAACCGAAAGGGUCCCCAUACUCCCGAAGACCUGCAAAGCCUCGAUAGUUGUGAGUACAUUUGGGCAUCUGGAGUUGGAUUUGCACAGGAGCCGCCCUAUAACUUUACAUACGAUAUGCACCGCACGGAACUGCUGAAACUGCUGCUCACUUGUUUCUCGGAAGCAAUGUACAUGUCUGCAAAUUCAAAUGAGUCCGCGGCAAACGCUGCUGCAAUGAAUCCAUGGAUAUCCUAUUUCACAUCUUCAGAUAAUCGUCACGCUCUUCCGCUGUUCACAUCUCUGCUCAAUAUUGUUUCUUCAUACGACCCUGUGGGUUACGGAGUGCCAUACAAUCACCUCAUGUUUCGAGACUACCGUGAACCACUGGUCCAAAUUGCGAUCCAACUGCUGAUUGUAACUUUGGACCACGAUGUGGGAUCCGGGGCCGCGGAUGACCAGCCGGAAGACGAAGCGGACUCAGGUCAACCAGACAAUCUGUUCGUGAACUACCUCUCGCGCAUCCAUCGAGAUGAAGAUUUCAACUUCAUUCUGCAUGGUAUGACUAGGCUGUUGAACAAUCCUCUGCAACAAACUUAUCUUCCGAACUCAAUCAAGAAGAUUCAGUUUCACCAAGAAUUGCUAGUAUUUCUUUGGAAGUUCUGUGACGCAAACAAGAAGUUUCUGUUUCACGUGUUGAAAAGCAGCGAGGUUUUGGAGUUACUGGUUCCAAUUUUAUUUCACCUCAAUGACGCCAGGGCAGAUCAGUCGCGUGUGGGUCUGAUGCACAUUGGAGUGUUCAUUCUGCUGCUGUUGAGUGGAGAAAGGAACUUCGGAGUUAGGCUGAACAAACCAUACAAUGUGAGGGUGCCCAUGGACAUACCAGUGUUCACAGGCACUCACGCAGACCUGCUCAUCAUUGUGUUCCACAAGAUCAUCACCACUGGCCAUCAGAGACUGCAACCCCUGUUCGACUGUCUCCUCACCAUAGUGUGCAAUGUUUCUCCAUAUCUCAAGUCGCUCUCAAUGGUGGCAUCCAGUAAACUGCUGCAUUUACUAGAGGCGUUCUCGACCCCCUGGUUCCUGAUUUCGUCGCCGACCAAUCACCACCUGGUGUUCUUCUUGCUGGAGUCAUUUAACAACAUCAUUCAGUAUCAGUUUGACGGCAAUUCAAAUCUCAUCUACACAAUCAUACGCAAAAGACACGUGUUUCACCAGUUAUCGAAUCUUCCGACUGACCACCAAGCGUUGAUGAAGAUCAUGAGUCGCAAACGGGAGCGAAGAGGAACAAUAUCCCGAGCAGCGAACAUCACCAGUCAAGCAUUCAACGGUUCCCCCCAUCAUGCACCUACGUCUCCACCUCCUGUCACGCCCACUAAGAAAACAAUCAAUACCGGGGAUUCACAGGAUACGGAAGCAGGGGAGCAGAGCGGGGUUGAAGUAUCCAGGGCACGCGUCGUGGGAGGAGUUGAGCCAAGUAUGGAGGGUUCGAGGCCAGCUCAGGAUGCGGAGCCGGGAACAUUGAAGGCUUCGUUAGCUGCGACCCCCGUGUACUUUGACAUAUUCCGACCCUUCACCGAUCUUGAAAAACUGACUGAGAAGGUGCGACCAGCUCCUCCUCAUGACUUAAUCGGGGGCAUCCAGGGUGGAACUACAUUGCAGCCAGGUGCAGCUUCUGGCACUGAAGCCAAUAACUCAUUCCAACAUUAUGCGGAGAUGCCAAAUACACUCAAGGUGAAAAUGGACGGAGGGGCUGCUGCCAGUUUGAAUACAAGUGUCUCGGAAAUUGCAAGUCGGUCUAAAGGGGCAAAGAUGUCUCCCCCUCCCCCAUUGCAAGUGGAGACAGGGGAGGGUAAAAUGGACAGGUCACCCGAGGGUGCGCUGGACUCAAUGUCUAACAAACAGUCCCUCGCGUCCCCGGCUGCGUCGUCUGUGUCAAGUCUUCAAUGGGUCCCCACUCCAGACUGGGUUACCAACUGGAAGAGUAAGUUGCCGCUGCAAACCAUCAUGCGAUUGCUGCAAGUACUCGUACCCCAAGUGGAGAAGAUAUGCAUUGACAAGGGACUGACAGAUGAGUCUGAGAUCCUUCGGUUUCUCCAACAUGGAACUCUGGUCGGCCUCCUGCCCGUGCCCCACCCCAUUCUGAUACGAAAGUACCAGAGCAAUGCUGGCACAGCUACCUGGUUCAAGACAUACAUGUGGGGUAUUAUAUAUCUCCGUAAUGUGGAUCCACCCAUCUGGUACGACACAGAUGUGAAACUCUUCGAGAUCCAACGUGUCUAAGUAGGUCCGGAUCUUUCUAAAAUCAUCUAGAGGUGGAACACAGAAAGGGUAUAUUUUGAGUCCGCUUCAUGACAGUCCACUUCAUCUGUUGGUCAAUCUUACUGGGCAGUAACUACGAUCGGUGAAGUAUCACAAAAGCAGUAAAAGUAAUCAAAUGAUGUUUAAAGUUUUCAAACUAUUACUUUUGGCGUCGUGACGUUAAUUAUGAUGGAUAUUAUUUGUAUAUUUCGAAAGAGAUAUUUGUUGUCCGUUUGAAGAAAUCAGCUCAUAUUUGCGCUACUUACUUUUGUAAAUUGGGAGAAAGUUGUGUCGCUUUGUAUAAUAUGUUAUUCGGAAUAAGUUAAAUUGCUGUUGUAAAUUGUAAUUACGUUAUUAAUUAAUAUUAUUCAUAGAUUAGCUAGGUUUCCCAGACGGUAUUUUUUGAAGAAAUUAGUUACUACAUUUUGCUGCUUUAUGUUUCAGGCUUUUGAUGAACAAGUAAUAAUAGCAAUUGAUGUAUAUUUUUUCUGUCUCCCUUUAAAUUUUGCAUGAAAAUCAGAUUUGGUUAGUAAUUUGGAGGUGCUAAAUAUUCAAAUUUUAUCAAUUUCUAUGCGAAAGAGCAAAUUGUGAACUAUAAAGAUAAGUUUGUAUUUAGAAAUUGUCAUCGAUGAAAUCUGUUGUCAUGCAUGUUUGGGUUCGGUUGUAAUAUAUUUUAAGAUAGUUUUGUUGGGUUUGAUUUCUUGUAGUAAUCAAAUCCAAGUCAAUUGUAAAGUUGAUUGCAGAA